AAGCAGACUGCGUAGCUUAGUUUAUACUGAGUAUACACGUAAUUCGUACGUAAAUGCUAUGCUCUGGAAUGUGGUGCUGUCAAAUUGGCAAACAGAAUUUGUAGCAAUGAACGCUAAAGUUAACUCAUAUUGCCAAUGACUGCCAUAUCACUUUUCAUAUUUCACGUGCAAUAAGAUUAUUGAGAGUUUUUGACAAAAUAUUUAACACAUUUGAAGAAAGAAGGCGUAAUGGGUUUUUGGAGAAUCAGGCACGUCAUUGUGAAUGCAAUGUUGUUUCUCAGCUCAGCGGUGAGCGCAAUUCCGCGCCGGACUUUUGUGUUGUUCAGUGGUCUGCGGAUGCAUACUAGUCUGAAGAGAACACCAAGCAUGCUGAGUGUAAAGUUGUCAAGGCAGCUGUGCAUGAGGUUUGGUCAAAACAAGCUACUAGUGGCACUGUCAUCCAACAAGCUGUUGAAGCGUGGACGCCUGGCGGAACCCAAGGCAGGAGAUGAUGGGAUAAAGAAGGGGGCUUUAUCAAAGGGAGAGCUCAAUUCAUUGAUAUCGCUCGCGGGUCCUGAUAAAUGGGCAAUUAGUUGGGGCAUUGGCGGUCUGCUUGUCUCAAGCACCGUUGCCAUGGCAGUGCCAUUCUGUGUUGGCAAAGUCAUCGACAUCAUCUACACGAAUCCGGGUGACCCAGAGAUGCUUCAACAACUCACCAGCUUUGUACGAUACUUGUGUCUGGCACUAGCUGUUGGUGCCAGUGGAAACUUCAUUAGGGCAUAUAUGCUCUCCACUGCUGGGCAUCGUAUUGUCAAGCGGUUGAGAGAAGACAUUUUUGGCUCAAUUGUCCGGCAGGAGAUUGCAUUCUUUGACCGGACUAAGACUGGUGAACUCAUUAACAGACUGUCCACUGACACAUUCUUGGUCGGACAGUCAAUUACGCAGAACGUCUCAGAUGGUCUGCGCUCCUUCACAUCUAUCUUGGCUGGAAUUGGCAUGAUGAUGUACGUAUCACCUCACUUAGCGGGGAUCAGCUUAGGAGUCGUAUCACCUGUAAUGCUACUUGGUAUUGGAUAUGGUCGAUUUGUACGAAACAUUACUAAGGAGACACAGGAUGCGCUUGCAGAAGCAACGAAUGUGGCAGAGGAGAGGAUAAGCAACAUCCGAACAGUGAGAGCUUUUGCACAGGAAAUACGAGAAGAAAAGCAGUAUGAGCAGCAACUUGGCGUCGCUUUAAAACUAUACUACAAGGAGUCACUUUACAGAUCGAUAUUUUACGCUUUCGCAGGAUUGUCCGGUAAUGGCAUCAUAGUGGCUGUGCUCUACGCAGGGGGAAUGCUGACCAGCAGCGAGCUAAUCACCGUUGGUCAGCUCUCGUCGUUUAUGCUCUACGCAGCCUGGGUCGGGCUGGCGAUCGGAGGACUGAGUUCGUUCUACAGUGAGCUCAUGCGGGGCAUUGGUGCAAGCACUCGGCUUUUUGAGAUUCGUGAUAGACAGUCACACAUUCCACUAGAUUCCGGGAUUAUUCCCAGCAAACCAUUGCUUGGCGAGUUGGUGUUUGAAGACGUGAAUUUCAAGUACCCGAGUCGCGAGCAUGCGACGGUGUUUCACCAUAUGUCACUGAUCAUUCCUGCUGGCUCUGUGAUGGCGAUCGUUGGUUCGAGUGGCUCUGGAAAGUCAACGUUAGCCAGCCUACUGCUCAGGUUCUACGAGGCUGACGAAGGUAGGAUAGCUAUUGACAAUGAGGAUGUGAAGAAUCUGAAUCCAUCCUGGCUGCGUAGACAUAUUGGUGUCGUCAGUCAGGAACCCAUCUUAUUUUCGACCUCCAUUGCUGAAAACAUAGCCUAUGGAUCACAGACACCAGAAAGUGUAACCAUGGUGGAUAUCAUCGAGGCAGCAAAACAAGCAAAUGCAUUCAACUUCGUGACAGGAUUCCCAAAUGGGUUUGAUACUAUGGUUGGGGAGAGAGGCCUUAUGUUGUCAGGUGGACAGAGACAGCGAAUUGCCAUUGCAAGAGCUAUUAUAACGAAUCCAAAGAUCCUCAUACUUGAUGAAGCAACAAGUGCAUUGGAUGCAGAAAGUGAAUAUCUUGUACAGGAAGCACUGGAGAGACUCAUGACUGACCGUACCACACUCAUCAUUGCGCAUCGCCUGUCCACAAUCCGUUCAGCCGAUAAGAUAGCUGUACUAGAGAGUGGUCGAGUGGCAGAGCUAGGCACAUACCAGGAGCUAAUAGACAUCCCAGAUGGUAUUUUCCACAAGCUUGUUGAACGGCAAACAUUAGUCGAAAAAAAUUGAAAAUCCUAUGAUAGCAUUUGCUAUUAGACGUAGCUGUUCACCAACCAGAUGACAGUGUGAGCUCGUAGCAUGUGGAAAGUUUAAUUGCUUAGGCUUCUGUGGUUCUCUUGGCAUCAUCUCUACCACAGAUAAAGAGUAUUGAUGAAUCAGUGUUUGCAAAGCCCAGUCAUUCGGUAAUUAUUUAUACUGCCUGUUCUGUUGUUGCCUUCCGAGGCUAUAAGUGCUACACGAGUGGCAAGCAGAUAGGUAGGAAGUACUUCUGUCGGCCACUAUACUUAUUAGUAGAAGUAUACGAAUUGACAUGUCUUCAUGUACUACUUGUUGGUCAUUCUAUAUUCAUGCUCCUACUCCUAAUAACUACUUGCUUAUUUCUACUGUCCUCAUUCUAUGCUCCUGCAAUUACUGCAUAUAGUACACAAUCAUAAAGUGCUGUAACAGAUCUCACAGAUGUUGAUGAUGCAAUGCUCCUGUUAUAAGUAUUUAUCUUAUUAUUUUGCAUGCUGGAAGAAUUUACAAGAAAUGUUGCUGGUAAAUAGUCAUACCCGUAUCAGCUGGGAAGAGGCAAAUAAAUAUAUAAUACAAGUAGAUACAAUAUGUAUCUACAUUUCUUAACUGUGGUCACUCCAGCAGGUAUAGUGCAUCUGUAUAGUAGUCCAUAGUUGGAGCCACCUAUACACUGCAAUUUUACUAUUUUGUUAGGGAUGGUGCCACGUACAAUAAGAAAUAACUAAAGAAUCAUUAGCACAGUCAUUUAGAUGACUAAUAAUUUUAUACAUAAAUAUUUUAUGAUGAUAUAACAAAUUUGGUGCAUGUAUUUUAUGUAAAGUAACAAGAAAGUGAUAUGAAUAAAAAUGUCGUUUGUUUUUAAAAUAAAGAUUUUAAUC